AUGGUUUCUUAUGUCAAGAAAAAGCAUCAAGAUUAUGAUCUGAAGUACUAUCAAAAAUUACAAUACAAACGUUCUAAAUCGAAAUCAUUUAAUUCUGAAUAUAUUCAAAAACAGAAUGCCGGACAACAAAAAUGUAGACGACUGAAGAAGGCAGCACAACAAACACCAACAAAUGCUACUGAAUCAACAACGACUGCUACUGAAGCACCAUCAAAUGCAACUGAACCACCAACAGACAGAACAAUCUUACGAAAAGCUGAAGGUGUUCGACGUCGUCGAGCUUAUACAAGAAAAUUGAAAAACCAAAGCGAAAAAUUAUCUAAUGAAAUAAAAGUAUUACGUAAAGAAAAUUCGAAGUUGAAGAAAAUUUUGUCUCAACAGCAUUCAGAAGAUAUUGAAACAAAUGAUGUAACACCAACCGUAUCACCAGCAAAAUUAUUUAUUAAUAAUAUUAGUCCACGAGCAAAAACACGUGCAACUAAACGACUAAUCGAUAAAAAAGAAGAAUUACCGCGUGGUUCUGUUUCUAAAUUAAGACAAAAAUUAGGUAUUAACUUAUCGAAUGAUUAUUCUUCUCCAUCUAAUACAUCAUCAACACUGCAAAAAGAUAUAGAAGAAUUUCUAUGUCAAGAUGAUGUUACUAAACAAGCACCUGAUAAAAAGAAACAUUUGAAUGGAAAACAAAUUAGAUACCUGCUGAAUCAUUUAUCAACUAUUCAUCAACGAUUUAUAUUCGAAACUGGUAACAAUUGUCAUUAUUCUACAUUCACACCUUAUAUUCCAGAUUAUGUGCUGAAGCCAAGUACUAAUGAUUGGGGUACUUGUUUGUGCAUUGUUUGCCUUAGUCCACAAAUGAAGCUGGAAAAGUUACAACGUACAAAAUUUCUAUAUACAGUUCUCAAGACAUUACUUCCUGAUGGUGUAACUGAUAUAACAGAUUUUGUUACAGAUGAAAUCAAAACAAAAGAUUUUUUGGAUAAUUUGGUUAAACUUAAAGAUGAACAAUUUAAUAUUACAUAUACUGAAUGGAUAAAGAAAAAAUAUAAUAAAUCUAAUGUACCUGUGUCAACAAAAACAACAUUUACAUCAUCUAUUGUUGAUUUUAUAACGAAAUUUUCAAAGGAAAUCAAUGAUUUGGUAUCACAUAUUAAUCGUGUACAUCAACAAUUUCGAGCUGCAAAAGAAGCAGGACAGAUAGCUAUGGAACAGGAAGAUACAAUUACAAUACAUUUAGAUUGGUCCGAAAACUUCAAACUGAAACAAGCGCGACAAGAAAAAGGUGAGUAA